CAUCUUCUUGGGCAGUUCUAAUUUAUAGCAGGCACCCCAACUUGAAGCACCUUCCUUAUGAAGGCAGAGUAUAACUAUCUACAAUUUACUGUGAAUGACAGUUUAGAACAUACACUUACUCUAUUGCUUCAUCUGAACUAUGGCGAACAUCGUAGUUGUCGGUGCUGGCGUCUCCGGACUCACCACUGCGCUCCUUCUCUCCAGGAACCCCGCAUAUAAUGUCACCAUAGUAGCCAGACACAUGCCCGGUGACUAUGACAUCGAAUAUACCUCGCCAUGGGCUGGAGCCAACUUUUCCCCACACACAAACGAUGAAAGGGGUCCCUGGGAGAGAAACACCUUCCCCGAGCUCUACCGCCUCGCCAACGACGUCCCAGAAUCAGGCAUCCACCUCCAAGACUCCCUGGUCCUCAACCGCACGAAAGACCUCGGGUCUGGUGCAGCUAUGAGAUUAUCCGCCGACCCAAACCCCUGGUAUAAAGACGUAGUCCCCGACUACCGCGUUGUCUCCUCCUCCGAGCUUCCUGCAGGCUACGACUCCGGCAUCCGUCACUCCUCCGUCUGUAUUAACACCGCCAUCUAUCUCCCCUAUCUAGUUAGCCAAUGCCUCGCCAACGGUGCCCGCAUAUCUCGUGCGGAGCUUUCCCACAUCUCUGAUGCAGCCUCGCUGCACCACUCCGGCAAGCCCGCGGACCUCGUCGUGAACUGCACUGGACUCCUGGCGUCCAAGCUAGGUGGUGUAAUGGACACCAAGGUCGUUCCAGUGCGUGGCCAGACGGUCGUGGUCAGGAAUGAAGCUACCCCCAUGAUCGCAACAUCAGGCACCGACGACGGCCCAGACGAGCUAUGCUACAUAAUGCAGCGCGCGGCAGGUGGAGGCACCGUGCUCGGCGGGACGUAUAUAGUAGGUAGUUGGGAGGCAGCGCCAGAUAUGGAGAUUGCGGCGCGGAUUAUGAAGAGGGCUGUUGAGGUAUGUCCGGAGCUUGCGGGGGGGAAGGGCGUCGAGGGGUUGAGUGUUGUUAGACAUGGGGUUGGGUUGAGGCCGGUGAGGGAGGGGGGAGUGAGGGUUGAGAAGGAGAGGGUAGGUGCAGUGUGGGUGGUGCAUAAUUAUGGGCAUGGGGGGUGGGGGUAUCAGGGCUCGUAUGGGUGCGCGCAGGGGGCUGUGGAGCUUGUUCGGGAAGCGCUAGCUGCGUGAGUGAAUCUUUUAUCAAUCUAAAUCUAGCAUUGUGGCAUCUUUGUAUAGGCAAAAUAGCAUAACUAAACCUCAAGCGAGGUCAACGAGAUACAAAGAAACAAUGCCUUCCAGAUGCCCGGUGCCUGCCUCUACCUGAACUCGAAC